AGUAAAAAGAACUUGUAAACAAUUAAAACGAAAUGUUUUAUCUGUUAAUUAUGUUAUGAUAAUUUUAUUAUUUUAAUUGAAUUUGCAGAAGUAUGAUCUCUUUAAUAAUUAUUUAAACGAUGACCAGGCGCAAAAAGAAGCGGAUCCAAUAUACAUAUUAGCCUAAAAAUGCAAAGUAGCUACGUUUUGCUGCUAAACAUAUUGCUAUGUUUUCGAUUUCAUUUCACCAUAACGGAAAACGUUCAAGACAACGUAAAUUCAAUAGAUCCCUCGGAAGUGAUCAUCGAGUCGCCCUUAUGUUGCAAUCUAACAGUAGAACAAAUAGAAGUAGAUUAUAGUUCAAAAAUUGUUGAAAAUGAAUAUAUUGUUAUGUUUAAUGGAUACUUCAAAAACCAGGCGAGGAAAAACUACUUACAAAAUGCUUUAAAUGGUACAAAUGUCAGGAAAUGGGAUAUUAUAGAAAGAGAAAAUCCGGCUAGUGAUUAUCCAAGUGAUUUUGAUGUUAUUGUUUUGGAGGAUACAGAUACUUUAGAAGGUCUCAAUGCCCUCAAUGAUCAUCCAGCUAUUAAAAGGGUCACAUCACAAAGGAUAGUUUCUAGAACUUUAAAAUUUAUAAGUCCUGAUAAUGUAAGACACAAUAAAACUAGUUCAAAAGCAUGGCAGGCUGCCUCAAGAGUUCACAACUCAAGAAAACUUUUAAGAGCUAUACCAAAGCAAAUUACUUCUGUUUUACAGGCUGAUUCCUUGUGGAAUAUGGGUAUAACUGGAAAAGGUAUAAAAGUAGCAAUAUUUGAUACUGGCCUGUCAAAAAAUCAUCCACAUUUCAAAAAGAUCAAAGAAAGAACAAAUUGGACUAAUGAAAAAACAUAUGAUGAUGGUCUUGGGCAUGGUACAUUUGUAGCUGGUGUAAUAGCUUCUUACAAAGAAUGUUUGGGAUUUGCUCCCGAUUCUGAAUUACAUAUUUUUAGGGUAUUUACUAAUAAUCAGGUUUCUUAUACCUCAUGGUUCCUAGAUGCUUUUAACUAUGCAAUAUUAAAAAAGAUAAAUGUACUCAAUCUUAGUAUAGGAGGGCCAGAUUUUAAAGAUCACCCUUUUGUUGAUAAAGUAUGGGAAUUGACUGCAAAUAAGGUUAUUAUGGUAUCAGCUAUUGGAAAUGAUGGUCCCCUCUAUGGUACUUUAAACAACCCAGCAGACCAAAUGGACGUAAUUGGAGUUGGAGGAAUUAAUUUUGAAGAUCAGAUUGCUAAAUUUUCUUCCAGAGGAAUGACUACCUGGGAAUUACCUCAAGGCUAUGGCCGGGUAAAACCUGAUAUCGUGACUUACGGCUCAGCCGUGAAAGGUUCACAUAUCAAAGGUGGUUGCAGAACUCUGUCUGGUACCAGUGUUGCUUCUCCUGUUGUUGCUGGUGCCAUUACCCUUCUUGCUAGUGGUGUAUUGCAUAGAGGAGAAGAUUUUGUAAAUCCCGCUAGUAUUAAACAGGCACUCAUGGCAUCUGCUAGAAGGCUACCAGGUGUCAAUAUGUUUGAACAAGGGCAUGGCAAGCUUAAUUUAUUAAAGGCGCAUCAAAUACUUAAUAGUUAUAAACCACAGGCCAGUUUAAGUCCAAAUUAUAUUGAUUUAAGUGAAUGCCCUUACAUGUGGCCUUACUGUACCCAGCCAAUUUACUAUGGGUCCAUACCAGUUAUCGUUAAUGUUACAAUUUUAAAUGGUAUGGGGGUUACUGGUAGAAUUAUUAGUAAACCUACUUGGCACCCCUAUUUACCCCAGCAAGGUCAACUCAUGGAUGUUUCACUGUCCUAUUCGGAAAUUCUUUGGCCUUGGUCAGGUUGGUUGGCUGUCAGUUUGUCUGUGUCACUAGAGGGCGCCACGUAUGAAGGUUUGGCUCAAGGACAUGUUACUUUGACCGUCGAAUCUCCCCCUGAAAAUGGGGAGGUUGAGCCGAGGACCAGCACUGUGGAGUUACCCAUAAGAGCGAAAAUCAUCCCAACUCCACCAAGACACAAAAGAAUCCUUUGGGAUCAAUAUCACAACUUACGGUAUCCUCCUGGUUACUUUCCCAGGGAUAAUUUAAAGGUAAAAAACGACCCUCUGGAUUGGAACGGUGACCAUAUCCAUACAAACUUUAAGGAUAUGUACCAGAACUUAAGAAACGCAGGGUAUUACAUUGAAGUGUUGGGUUCUCCGUUUACCUGUUUUGACGCUUCCCAGUAUGGUACUUUACUUAUCGUAGAUCCCGAAGAAGAGUACUUUCCUGAAGAGGUAGUAAAAUUAAAACGGGACGUGGAGGCCGGGCUGUCCGUAAUUAUUUUUGCUGACUGGUAUAACGUUACUGUUAUGAAAAAAGUUAAAUUUUAUGAUGAAAAUACUAGACAGUGGUGGAUGCCGGAUACAGGAGGCGCAAAUUUGCCAGCCCUUAAUGAACUAUUGGCUUCGUGGGGUAUUCAAUUUGGAGAUCGCACUUUUGCUGGACAUUUUAAAUGGAACGAUCACGAUAUGUUUUUUGCUUCUGGAACUAGCAUUCAUCAAUUUCCCGAGGAGGGGAUUAUUCUGGGUGCCGAGUUGGAAGAUCAGGGCGCAGAGGUAUUGGGUGAACCAGAUUCGACCAAAUACAAAGUCCCAAUUCUGGGAUUAUUUCAAACUACCUCUACCUCGCCAGGCCGAGGUGGUAGAGUAAUAACGUAUGGAGAUUCAAAUUGUAUAGACACUAGUCAUUUAGAAGUUAGUUGUUAUUGGCUACUUGAAGCCAUGUUAGAGUAUACUUCGACGUCACAUUUACCAACUAUUUUUAAGGAUAAUCGGCUCGAUAAUUGGAAGCAUCAAACAGAAACGGAUCUACCAAUAAGAAUGGAAGGAAAUCGGCUUUACCGAUUUUCAAAAGUGCUGGAAAGCGGAUUAGGGGAUAGUCAUACGAGGGUGCUGCCCCAGUGUCCACAUCUGGUUUGGGCUCAUCCUGUGCCACUGAAUCAGACUGCCCCUGGCAAUUUAUAUCAGUCGCAAAAAUUGCUUUCAUUAUCGGAAGAUGUGCCUUUAGAAAAUCAUGCAGACGCUAAUGUUAUCAAAGAUGCGUCAGGUGUGGAGCAUGGCGGCGAGUUUAUCGAGUGGAGCUGGCGGAACAAACCGGUCGAUUCGCCCGUCAAAAUCGGCGAAAAUUAUGAUUUAUCGACCACAUUAUUUAUACUAUUUUUCUUGAUUUUGGGGUAUUUUUGUAUCAAGUAUUUUCGCAGGAAGCCGAAAAAACGGAAAAUAUGUCGAAAGUUGUUGUCGAUUAUACAAUGUAAAAAGAUACCGGUUUGAAAGGGUUCGAUAUGGUGUAGGCUUUAAGAUCUCAUUUAAACUUUUAACGAAUUAAUGCUUUAAAUUUGAAAAUUUAAAGGACUUUAAAUUUUCAAAUAUUAGAGAGGUAAAUGUUUAUGUUAGGGAAAGCGUAUUGUUUUUUAGCUUUCUUGGCUAAGCAGAAACGAACAAAUUCACGAAAUUUGAUUUGCAAGACGUGUAUUAAAAUUUACAAAUUUACGAAAGUUAAAACGUAGUUAAAAUGUCAAAUUUCUUUCCAAGACGCAUAUAUUCGUUUGACUUUUUUCAAUACAUAGACAGUAGUGUGUAGAGUAAGGGCGACAAAUAUGGAAUACUUUUUUUAAAACUGCAAAAUUAUAAGAAUUUUUUUAUUUUUUUUUACACAAAAAUAUUAAAAGUAAUUAAAAAACAUGUUAUAUUAAGCUAUUAUAACUUGUAUUUGUAAAAAAUAAAAACGUUUCAAAAAUCGUAAUAAAAAAAACUAAAAUAUUAAUAUUUCCCUUUUUUAAAAAUAGGGUCACAAAUAUGGAAUACUUAGAAAACUAAACUAAAUACUAAAUCUAUUGGCCGAAAUCGCAAAUAUAAAUGCCAGAUACAUAUGAAGUACAUUGCAAAUGACACCAUAAGUUGCAGGAUUUGCACUGUAUCCACCGUUUCCCGGAUUUUUUGCUUUCCAAAAACUUUCCACCACAAAAGAAGCACUCUGGAUUAUCAGAAACAUCCGGAACUUUUUCACCAUUUUCGCCAGUACAUAAUGAAUCAUCUGAUUCAUCAUCUGCCACAAAGUCUUCCUCAGAAAAGGUACUUGAUUUUUCUGAACUGUAUCCCAAAUUUUUUGUCUUACGCUUAGCUUGACUUCUUGAUGAGAUGGUUGUAGACGUGCUGGGAGUAUCGGAAUGAGUCAAGCUUGCUUUAGUCUUGCUUUACUCUUGCUUUAGUCUGCCCAAUUUGUUUUUUAACUUGAAGUUUUGAUGUAGUAGAAACAGAUGCUUUUGCGGAUGAUUCCAAUUCUGUUUUGUAAGGUGACGCAGUUAUUACGGCAGCUUUCCCUGCUUUUCGUCCUCGGUUGCUGUUUUUUUACAAAUGAUUGGGACAGGCGAGACCAUCUCAGGAGUUACAAUAUCUAUUUGUUGGUGGCGUCGGAUUUUCAGUAUCUUGAGGUACUGGAAGAGGGACAACAGCAUCAACUUCAUCUUUUUCGACAGUUUCGGAGCCAAAAAAGUCAGAUUCACGAAAGACAUUUGGAUUAAGGGGAAAAAUUUCGGUGGCUUUAAAACCAUUAACAGCAAUCUCACCACGCUGCACUCUUAAAUAAGCCUUGCCGAAAAUUUCCAUCACAUCAAAUGCAGUUACUGGUCUGGCAUUUUGUCGUACCCACGUUCUUAUCUCCUCACUGUAAUGAGCUUUGAAUGGUCCCAUAAAAGAUUUGUCAAGGGGCUGAAGUUUAUGUGUUGAAUGUGGCGGUAAGCACACAAUCGUAACAUUAUUUUCUCUGGCCAUAUUAAUGACAUCAAUAUUGCGAGUAUGCGAGUUAUGAUCGCCUAAUACGAGCAUAACUGGAGAUUCAGGUGUAGGCUUUACUGUCGCUACAAAGUGUUCAAACCAUUUUGUAAAAAUGUUAUUUUGUAUCCACCCUGAUGGAUGACAUUCGAACUUUGUCCCAGGUGGAGCCCCCUUUGUAAGCUGCGGGCUUAAGUUUUUUCUGGGGAAUAUAACUAAGGGUGGAACAAAAUUGCCCCCUGCACUCAUACAAAAUACCACUGUAAUUAGAGAGCCUCGUUCUGCGGAAGUCAUGCUACCAAUUUGUCGUUUACCUUUACGUGCAAUUACUUCUGGUAUCUUUGAAGGCACUAUAGAGAGACCACUCUCGUCAACGUUGAAAACGCGGUCUGCUGAAUAGUUAUGUUUUUCAUAUUCAUUCGUUAAGAUAGUAAAAAAUGACUGAACGUUUUCUUUGGAAAAGCCCUUGGCUCUAGCAAAAGAUCUGCCUGUAGGUCUUCUAAAUGACAAUUUAUCUGAGUGCCGUCUCAUAAACAGCCUAAGCCAGCCUUUUCCAGCUGUUUCUUUGCCAAAAGGAUUUGGCAGAUUAUUUUUAACAGCAAGCUGAUAUGCCAUAUUCCUUAUGUCGUUUCUGGUUAAACCAAAAUACUUACUUUCCAUAUGAAGUAAGUACCUUAUAAGUUCAUCUUCUAGUUCUUUUGUAAGCACUGUUGGUCGACCUAGUUUUGUUUCAGCAGAGAUAUCUGGAUCUUCGUUUUUCUGACAGUGUCUAAAAAGGGUUGUUCUGGGAACAUUGUAAGUUUUGGCUGCCUGCAGGAACCCCAUUUUCUGUUACUUAACAGCACAAAUUUCUUGUAUCAUAUAAUUUUUUUCGUAACAUUUUUUUUUGACUACCUUUUGACGCCAUACUGAAAUAAAAAAAAAUCACAUAGUUCUAUUUCAUCAUAUAAAAAUUGAGGUUUCUAUACGUGAGGCCUUUCUUCUGUUUAUUACUUUUUUUUUGCUUUUUUAGUUACAAUAAUUGUUAUUGAUAUAUUAUUUAGUAUAAAAGCAAAUUUAGAAAUGCUUUUAUAGCAACAAAAUAUCACUAUUUUAGUAUUCUUAAUGGGAUACUAAUAUGGAAUACUAUUCCAUAUUUGUGGCUCAAAAAAUUCCAUAUUAGUGACCCUCAUAACCUAAUCUUAUAAUAUCCUAAAAAAAUAUUUCUAUGUUAAAAAAUAAACUUCCCUAAAAACUAUUGUAAACUAUGAUGUUUGAACUGUCUGUCCCAAAUGCACAACAGUUUGAAUAAAAAAUAAGUAUUUUAUCGCUAACACACGGAAACAGCAAGAUCUGCCAAACUGUUAUGAUACCGCAAAAAAAAAAACGACUGUCCAUGGUGAACCAACAAAACAAACUAGAGACGAUUAACGAUCGAAAAAAAACCUUAGAUGAAUGCACUUCGAUACUUUCAACGUGCAAUUAAUAGAGGGCGCUUGCUACUUUUUCUGGUUUACAACUAUUCCAUAUUACUGACCUAUUCCAUAUUUGUCGCCCUUACUCUAUAUAAUGGAACAACCCUUGUCUAACAUUUUACCUCGUAAAUUUUUAACUUUUUAACCAUCAUCAAUCUAUAUAGAUAUUAUUUAUAUUUUAAUUCUACAAUCUGACUACCUUAGGACGAAAUAUGCAUAUUAAGUUGUUUUACUAUGUUUUUAAUAACUCAAAUUAUUAAAUCUUAUUUACCAAAUUAAACCACAAAAUCAAGAAAAUUCUCUAAGGAACACUAUGAUGAUAAUUUAAAGACAAAAACAUUCGACAUAUCUGCGUCAUUCGGCAUAUAUUACAUCAUUUUCAAUCGGCAUCACCUGCGAUUUUUACUAAUUAAAACUUCUUAUUGGUUUCACGAAUAAUGCAUUCAAACCUUUUUUAUUUAGUUAUUUUUUGCUUAUUGUUUGAUGGAAAAACCUCUAAUAUGGUUGUUAUUCAUUAUGAUACGAUUGUUCAAUAAAAACAAUAAAGAAUCUAAAUUUUUUAAAUAAACAGGCUGAUACUAAAAUAUGCCCCUUUGAGAUGACUUGUACUAUACCAAACAAGGUUUUUUGUGUUUGAUAACAAUUCUACAUACGGUUUUUUCAUAGCGGUUUAAUACUGCAACCAAAUAAAAUUAACUUUGUUCUGCAUUAGCACUCCGAAAUAUAUUUUUUGUUAAAUGUUCCUAUGGCUUAAACGUAUUUGCUGUCAUGUAAGUUGUUUAUAUUUAUUGUAAGAAAUAUGGUCUAUUACACCUUUUUUUCCUAAAAUAUUUUCAAA